UCUAAACGGAAUGUCAAUAAAAUAAUAUGAACCAAAACUGAAAGUAUAAUAUCUCCCAAUGUUUUCACCCUCCAUCCUCGCCCUUCCCCCCCCCCAUUACCCUCAUAAUCAAAUUAUUUUUAAACCAUUUCAAAUUAUUUUUAAACCCUAGCCCAUAGACAUUCCUUUUUUGUAAGCGUAAAAAUCCCUAUUUGGAACUCCCUUCCCCUAAAUGUUAUCAGUAUAACCCUAGCCCAUCUGCUUUCAAACUCUCCCUGUCAAACUAGUAACAUAAUUAUAUAAGUUACAACUUUUCCUUUUUUCACUUAAGUACAAGUACCUGCAUGCACCUGCACCUGCACCUGCACCUUUACUUUUGAUGGUGAUGAUAAGGCCGCUAGUAUGGUCAAGAGUCUCCUCACCCGCUGGAGAGAGAAGGUGUUUGUGUUGAUGCUGCAGCAGAAACUGUGGCAAAUGGAGGGAUCAAAAAUGUCCAGAAGCUGUCCCUGUUGGACCAGAUUGCUUGUCUGGAGAGAGAGAGGGAGAGGCUCUCCCACACACUCACUGACAGGACAGCAGAGCUACAUCUGGAGACCAACAAAACAGAGGUACGGCAGUGGUUUAGCUGCAACAGUUACAGAGGCAACUGGACAGAGAUAAACACAGAGCAGUGGAGGCCAUGGAAAUGAGCAAGGCCAAGUUGGAGCACGAGUUGGAGGCGUGCAAGAAGAAACUACACACAACACAAGUGGAGAGGAAUCUACUUAUGACUACUCUGAGGCAAGAAGGAAUUGUGCUACCAGGGAAGCAGCUGCCUGUACAAAGACAGUCUGAAGAAAGAGUGGCCAAAGACAAUGAUGCUAACACCCAAGAUUCCCCUACCAUGAUCCAAUCACCUCAAGUUACUGAGACUAUUCAUGAACUUGCUCCACUUAGAGACAAUAUUUUAGAGACUACCGACUUUAGAACAGUUUUGAAAGACUUGCAAAUGCUCUCAGCAUCAUUACUAGAAAUGGACAAUGAAGAAACAGUGUAAAUAAUAUGUAUACGUGAAUGUAAAUUAUAUAAAGUGAAAUCGAAGUUGUCAC